CCAGAUUUGACAUCAUCAGGAGGGUUUUACUUCCUGUCUCCUGCCUUUACUGUGCCACUCCUCCCUGCCUGCUGUUAAUGCACUUGCAGAGAGAGCCAACUGCGGCAGCGGAGCCCAGAGUGCUGAGAAACCAGCAGAGCAAGACUAGCCUGCAGACAAAACAGCUUAUUAAGGUGGACUGUAGCAACAGACAUGUGGAGAGAACAUAUUUUCCCAUACGGAACACACUCUUUGUAUGCGAAAAUGUGCUUGGCUGAUAAAUGAUUGAUUCUCUGAGAGGUUUGUGUACCUGUCACCCUUCAACAUGUCGUCCAGUCUGUUAGAAGAUGACCUGUCUUGUCCUGUGUGCUGUGACAUCUUCAAGGAUCCGGUCCUGCUGCCUUGCAGCCACAGCUUCUGCAGAGCCUGCCUGCAGCGCUUCUGGGAUGGUGGUAGCUCCCGCGCCUGUCCCGUCUGCAGAAGGAGAGCCUCCAAGAAGAGCCCACCGUCCAACCUGGCCCUGAGAAACCUCUGCGAGGCCUUCCUUCAAGGACAAAGCCGGAAAGAAACCAACGAGAGGAACCUCUCUUGUGGUCAGCAUGGAGAGAAGCUGAAACUUUUCUGUGUGGAUGACCAGCAGCCUAUCUGUGUGGUGUGCCAGGCUUCGAGGACACACAGGGGCCAUGACUGCUCACCCACGGAGGAGGCAGCUCUGGACUGUAAGGAUAAACUCAGCUCUGCACUGAAGACACUGAAGGACAAUGUGGAUGUGAUCAACAAACUCAGAAUGACUACAGUUAUGACCCUGGAACAUAUUCAGAGUCAAGCUCAGCAAAUAGAGAAGCGAAUAAGGGAUCAGUUCCUGGAGCUGCAUCAGUUUCUGCGUGAGGAAGAGGAAGCCAGGUUGUCUGCACUGAAGGAGGAAGAGGAGAAUAGAGUGCUGGCUGUGAAGAGCAGAGAUGAGCUCCUCAUGCGCAGGAUGUGUUCACUCUCAGACACUAUCAGGAGCACAGAGGAGGAGAUGGCUGCUGACGACUUGAUGUUGCUGCAGAACUUCAAAUCCACCAUAGAGAGAACCCAGAGUUCACUGCAGGAUCCGGAAGGGUUUUGUGGAGCUCUAAUGGACGAGGCCAAGCACUUGAGUAACCUCAAAUUCAGGGUCUGGGAGAAGAUGCAACGGAUUGCUCCCUACUCCCCUGUGACCCUGGACACAAACACAGCCCAUCCCUGUCUGUACCUGUCCGAUGCCCUCACCUCUGUCCACUACGGCAGUCCAUGUCCUCCCCUCCCGAGCAACCCUGAGCGUUUCCACAUCAGUGCUGAGGUUCUGGGCCACACUGCCCUCUGCUCUGGCAUGCACAGCUGGGACGUGGAGGUAGGGGCCAGCGACGAUUGGAUCCUGGGGAUAGCAAGUGCCUCCGUUAAGAGGGACACGGAGGUUUCAGCACGUCCAGAGAACGGCUUCUGGACCCUGUGUUUGAGGGAUGGAGAAUACAGGGCCAUGGAGUCGCCACCAAAGCCGUUGACUGUCAAGAGAAGGUUGCAGGUAGUCAGAGUGCAAUUGGACUGGGAUGCGGGGGAGGUGUCUUUCUCUUGUCCUGUGGAAGGAUGUACCCUACACACGUUCACACACACAUUCACAGAAAAGGUGUUGCCGUACUUUUAUACACAAAGUAAACACCCUAUAAGGAUUGUACCAAAGCCUGUGCUUAUUUCAGUGAUGGAGAAUUGAUCCCUACUGAAGACAUUAGAUUGUAAAUGACAGUAAAAUAUGCUGCUGUCGCUAACAACACUGUUUGUUUGAGGAAAAAUCCAGUACACAAAAUGUUCCUCUGACCCCAAAUGUAGCUGACCAACCAAGACAUGUUAUGGUUGAAAGUUUUGCACGGGAACUGCAGUUGUAUGCAAACGUUUGGUGUGGUCAAAAUAAACAUUUUGUAAGUAAAUUUAAGUACAUAUCCUCUAGCAGGGCCAGACUUGGACUUGUUUUUGUACCAGGAGUUACAAGAUGCAGACCAGCCCACCCCAAACAAACAAACAAAGCAUUGUCUUGUAAUUAUGCCAAUCAACAUACAACAAACUAAUGCUAUCUAAGAAUGGUUAAAGUCAGUAUUUUUGACUGCCCACCUGCUCAGAUAUGUCCUCAUCCUCCCUGAGCAGCUUAUUCAUUCUUGUCUUCUUUGUGCCACCUUGUGUUUUUUACAGUUCUUGCCACUGCUGUCCAUCUUCACAUGAUGCACAUAUGAAAAUUGCUACACUAGUAAUGUACAAAGUAGUAAUGAACUCUUCAGAGUACUGCAUGUUUUGUCAACAAGUACAGGCUUUACACCAUCGCAAUUAAUCUGAUAAGCUAAUCUCUCAAGGCUGAUGUUUGAAUUUCUGUUCCACUUUAAAUAGUACAGCAGUUACAUGCUAGCACCCAUACAGGCAUCUGAAAGUAACUGCUACACCAUUUAAGGUGAAAUGGGAAGUGAGAAAAAGAUCUUCAUUUGAUCUAAUCUCUCUCCACUGUACCAGAGUCAGUUACAAUCAGCAAACAGAGGCUGUACCAGCUGAGGUGGAGGCCACUGGUUUGACCCCUAAAUAUCUACAGAUAUACACUUGGUUGUAACAUUUACACAUGGUCUGCAUGUUCUGGUGCUUAUAGAUGUGAGAUUAUACAUCAUUGCGCAGUAAUGCCCAAAAUUCAACCAGCCCACCAGGAAUUGCUCUCUCUGGCAUUGUGGUCCAUGCUUUACAACUGAUGUUUAUGUGCUGAUUUAAUAUAUUUGGGAAAAAUUAAAACAUAUAAUAUGGCCUGUGCAAAAUAUGUUAAACUCUGAGCAUAAAUAGGAGAGAAUAUGAAGUGUACUUACUUUCAAUGAGAAAAUCAACCAAUUAUGAAAUUACACUUGGGGUUUUCAAACCUUUCCAUAGGACUCUGUAACACUAACAUAGCUAAAGGUAGUGGAAGCUUAUAGCUCACCAAAUAGCUGAAUGCAAAGUUCAUGCCUAAAUCAUUGUGUCGACCUCGUUGUUAAGACUUGCUCAUGUGGUUUCUGACAUUGUAUGACAUACUGUUACUGAUUAAAAUUGACAGACAAAAGGCUUCAGGGGGGUAAUGUAAUGUAGAUAUGCAACAUUUUUUUCACUAGUGUAAAAUAAGGGGGAGCAGGGCAUAUUCUCCCAAAUUGUUCUCCCCCCAAUUUUUAAUUAUGUGUGAUAAAUUCAGAGGGUCCUGGAAUGAUUAUUGCAAAAGGUACAUUCCCUAUAUUGCUGAUUACGUAUUUUUUUAAAGAUGGCUUUGUUCACUAAACCUCCCACACCUGUGAUGUAGUAAGCGCUGCAAGUCAAAACAGAGAGGUUGGGUAAAUGAGGACACACCAUGAACACACUGACCUGUAAAAGAAACAUUCUCUGUAAGUGUGCAGCAGCCCUCAGUUAACAGCAAAGCUCACAUUACUUCUACCAACAUUAUGUGAUUAGUGUCAAUAUACAGAGCGUCCACAUUUGAAGCACUGGUUUGUCAGGAAAGGUCCACCACUUGAAGUAGAACAUUGAGCUACCUCUAAUGAGAAUGUAUUUGUGCUUAUUUCUUCUUUAUUUUGCUUAUAAAGUUGACACUUUGCUCAUAAAUAAUCCUAGGAGAACUCUAAUUAAAGUCAGUUUCAGAUGCUCAGAUUUGUUGCGGUGCAUUUGGAGUCUGUUAUGUGGCUUAUGUAUUUUUUUUUGUUCUGAAGGGACACAAACCCCAAGCUACACGGCUCCUAGCUUUUGUGAACUGUGUAGCAUGACAGUCUACUGUAGGUAUAUGUACCUGUGCUGUUUGCUUUAAGGACUUUGAGCAAAUGAAGGAGUUUGAGUCUUGUAUAUUAAGUCUGAUUGUCUACUGAUUUUGUUUUGAUCCACAGUUAUGAAGAGUCCAGAAAUGAAGCAUUGACCUGCUUUACCUUAAUUACCAGCACUUAUUUACUGUACUGUAGUCAUUUGUUGACUUCCUCUGUUACAUUAAAUGUAUAGUUCUUUCUUUUACCUCUGGUCAUAUUCAUGAUUAUAAAAGUAUUUUCCUUAAAUACAUAUCACAGGUAAAUGUAAGUCGGACCAAGAAUUUAUAUAUUUCCAUGACAAACAAUAAAAUAAAACCUGCCACUGUAAA